AUGGUGGGGCCAAAUAUGUUGUUUCAUCGGAGGAAGCAUUCAUGGCCUCCUGAGGAAUUCAUUACCAAAACUACUUUGCAAUUACUUGAUUUCGAUAGUGCUGCUCCGCCGCCACACGCAUGGAGGAGGUUGAACUCCCAUGCUAAUAAAAUGAAAGAAUUCACUAUCACCUUUCGUGAAGCCAUUAAAAUGGUACGGUUGGGGAUACGUUUAUGGUCUUAUGUCAGAGAAGAAGCUUCCCAUGGAAGGAAAGCACCUAUUGAUCCUUUCACCAAAGAGAAUUGUAAACCAUCUGCAUCCCAAGGUGUUCCCCUCGGAGGAAUGGGGGUGCUUGUACGUGACAUCUGGGUCUUUGAGAAGUCUCUAUUCCACACAGGAGCUUGCUGGCGUCUCUGUGGCUAUAUUGAAUUUCCUUCAAAGGAUAUAAUCCAACCUGCCCUCUGA